AUGGUCACUGGUAUCAUGCUAGUUUUGAGUGGCAAUCCGGGGGCUCAGAUUUUGAGCUUCGAAGACAAGACUCAUCACGAGGUCGUUAGCGGCUUCAGCAAAGUAUCAGCCACCGCCGGUUUCCUACCAGUGCACCAUUUUGGAAGAAGGAAGAAACGGCGCAUGCGGUGUAUCAUUAAGCAAUCAAACAUGCUGUUAUAA